CGCGAGACAAGCACACGAACAUGGCAGAGGAAGCUCCAGCAGCCGCGCCGGCCAAAGCCCCGGCCAAGUCCCCGAAGAAGAAGUCUGCUCCCCGGACCAAGAAGGAGGGACCCAGCCUCCCCAAGCUCAUCGUGGCCGCUGUGGCCGAGUCCAAGGAGCGGAAGGGGGUGUCUCUGGCGGCGCUCAAGAAGGUGCUGGCCGGGAAAGGGGUGGACGUGAGCAAAGCCAACAAGCGCAUCAACACCGCCGUCACCAAGCUGGUCACUAAAGGCACCCUGAGCCAGACUAAAGGAACGGGGGCCUCCGGUUCCUUCAAACUCGCCAAGAAGGAGCCCAAAGCCGCCAAACCAGCCAAGAAGGUGGUGAAGAAGAAGGCUCCCGCCAAAGCCAAGAAGCCCACCGCGACCAAGAAACCCACCGCGGCCAAGAAGACCACCGCGGCCAAGAAACCCGCCGCUAAGAAGGCUGCAGCCAAGAAGUCCCACAAGAAGGCUCCGGCCAAGAAGGCCGUGAAAAAGGUGGCGCCCGCCAAGAAGAGCCCCAAGAAGCCCGCUGCUAAGAAGCCAAAGGCCACAAAGAAGCCCGCUGCCAAGAAAGCUGCCGCAAAGAAGCCCGCAGCCAAGAAGGCCAAGAAGUAAACCUCAUCAUCCACAACCUCACCCACCCAAAGGCUCUUCUCAGAGCCACCACCCUCCCAUCUGACAUGAUUCCUCACACGAAAUAUCUUCUCUCUCAUCAUCACUCACCUGUUACUGAUCACUAGAUAAGUCUGUGUGUGUGUGUGUGACUGGAUGUUUUAGUUAGAGAUGGGAGCCGGAUUACAGACGGAUCUUGAAGAGCUGUUCCUUCCUCCUAAUCAAAAGACUGGCUUGUUCCUACAAUAACAUAGAAAAUGUCACAAUAUAUAAGAAUGACAAAUUUGUACCUAUUUUGUCUGGAGCAUCUGCUCUAAAAUCUGCAUAUUUAGUUUUGCUGUGCGUUCAAACAUAUUUCUGGUUGUACAGUUUAGUAUUGUCACGUGCAGGGGGCAGAGCAAACCGUUGUGAGUCAGUGCAUCAGACAGACCAGGAGGACGAGGAAGGACAAA